AUGGGUCUUUUGAAACUCUUGCUCAAAGCGAUCCUCAUCCCAAUUGUUGUCCUCGUCGUCAUCACGGUUGUUAUUGUCCUUCUCAUUAAAAUGCGUCGUGAUCGCAAAAAGAAGGAAAAGGAACUGGAGGGAUCGUUCCAGCCUCCUCCUAUACAGCAAUGGGUGCCGUACACCCCGGUCCAGCAACCAGCCCCGGCAUAUGCCAAAACACCGGGGGCGAUGGAGCAGGGAAUUGGAACUAGGCAGCCUUAG